GUGCGGAGCCCAGUAGCCCGCCAUGGAGCGUGCCUUUACUCCGCUGGAGCCUCUGCUGCCCACCGGGAAUUUGAAGUACUGCCUUGUGAUUCUGAACCAGCCUUUGAGCACUUGUUUUCGUCAUCUUUGGAAGAAAGCAGUUUUAAGAGCCUGUGCUGAUGGAGGUGCCAACCGCUUGUAUGAUGUCACUGCAGGAGAAAGGGAAAGCUUUUUGCCUGAAUUCGUCAAUGGAGACUUUGACUCUAUUAGACCUGAAGUUAGAGACUUCUAUGCUAUUAAGGGAUGUCAGUUUAUUUCAACCCCUGAUCAGGACCAUACUGACUUUACCAAAUGCCUACAGGUGCUCCAAAAAAAGAUAGAAGAAAAAGACUUACAGGUAGAUGUGAUUGUGACCUUGGGUGGAUUGGCUGGACGUUUUGACCAGAUUAUGGCAUCUGUGCACACCUUGUUCCAAGCGACCAACAUCACUCCUCUGCCAAUCAUAAUAAUCCAGGAGGAAUCUCUCAUCUACCUUCUACAGCCUGGCAAGCACAGAUUGCGAGUGGACACUGGAUUAGAAGGCAACUGGUGUGGCCUUAUUCCUGUGGGACAUCCAUGCAACCAAGUCACAACAACAGGCCUAAAGUGGAAUCUCACAAAUCACAGACUUGGUUUUGGGACACUGAUCAGCACUUCAAAUACCUUUGAUGGAUCUGGAGUUGUGACCGUGGAAACAGAUCGCCCACUCCUCUGGACCAUGGCUAUCAAACUGACCUGAGCCCUCAUGGCCCCGUGGCUGUGCUGGUGACUUACAUCAUGUGCAAAUAACUUGUUGUCUA